UGUUCUCUCUGCUCGCGCAUUUGCAAAUGCAUCUUAAGGACGACUCUAUUGCAUGGAACAUCUAUGUUUGCGCAGUUUAUUGUAAUUUGGAGCUCGCUAAGGAAUUCCCGAGGAUAAUCGAGAACGACGACUUUGAGAAAAUAUAUGUAACAACGGAUUGAGGGAUGAUAGUCGAUUAUUCUACUAGUUUGUUAACAAAUAUCCAUGAAACUCUUCCUACUUUCGACACAGGCGAGACUACGAUUAUACGAGGAAUUUAUGAAUACUGGCAUUACGGUUGCGAUGGUUUUAAUGACAGGGGAUGGGGUUGUGGGUAUAGAACAUUGCAAACCAUUUGCUCGUGGAUUAUAAUUAAUAAAAAUUUACAACAAAAAGUUCCAAGUAUACGAAAUAUUCAAGAAACGCUCGUUACAUUAGAGGAUAAAGAGAAAUCAUUUAUUGGAUCGAGAGAUUGGAUAGGAUGCUUCGAAGUAUGUCUUAUCCUGGAUAAUUUCUAUAAUGUAAAUAGUAAAAUUGUUCACAUUAGAAGUGGCCAAGAACUGUCAAAGUAUUUGCAUGUUAUCAAACAACAUUUUGAAGAAUUUGGAUGUCCAAUUAUGAUGGGAGGAGAUCAAGAUUGUUCUAGUAAAUGUAUCAUUGGUAUGCACACUGGAUUGAAAGAAGCUUAUUUAUUAAUCAUUGAUCCACACUUUAUAGGUAAAGCUAAAAGCAUAGAAGAAUUAAAAAGUAAUCAAUGGGUAAGAUGGCAAAGUAUUAAAGACUUUGUUUACAGUUCUUUUUAUAAUCUUUGUUUACCACAGAUUAAAAUAACUUGAUAUACCAACUGAAUUUA